CUUUUAUCCCAGUAUCCCUGUCCCAUGGAAAAACACGUCAUGACUGUAGAAACAGUAGAAGAGAAAACAGAAGCUGGGCACUGCAGACAUGCCUGGGAUCCUUGUGUGCUGGACAUUGUUGCUCUGUGGAUCAGAUGCAAGGCCCCUGGAAGGAAGCACAGUGAGCUGUGUGGAUCGAGCCUCGGGCACUCCACAGGCGUCCCACCACUUGGCUUUCAUGAUCUCUGCCUUUCGAGGGAUCACUUGCUGUUUCACUUCCCCCAUGAAUUUGUCUAUGGUGAUUAUUUACUGGAGAAUUGCAACGUGUCGCAAUGUAAUUCCUGAAAUUUUAAGAAAGGUCAGUGUCUUAAAAGUGCCUGACAUCUACUUGGAAGAGGAAUCUUGGCUUAAUAUGCAGAAGAGAAAUAGAGCUGUGAAAACUCAUUGUCUUACAUGGACACAGUAUGUGUCUGAGCAAGGAGUCUGUCUUCAGAGAGAGCCUAGAGAAUCCAAACUGAUCACCAGAUCAUCUGGGUUCAAAAUUAAAUUGAUGUUUUAAGUCUGGAUUCUUUACACCUUUUAAUUGUUGAAAAAUAUUUGACCUCUUCUUUAGUCUACAGAGAAUAAGCAGAACAAAAAUGCAUUUAGUUUUAUUAUGGUAAUAGUUUUAUUUCAAAUACAUUUCAAAACACAGCAUAUAUGACUGUAUCAGUUUCUGUAAUUCAUUCUUAUUGCUGAUUUCCCCCAGGCAUUGAAACAGUUCUUCUUCCUAAUGUCUCAUUGUACCAGCUAAUACUGUAAUAAUAAUUUGCGCUUCUAUGGCACCUUUACACUGAAAUAGU